UUGUUCAACGAGCGGUUUAUUUAAGAAGAAAAAAAAUGUCAAAAUUUUCUCGAACCGUAAACCUUCGUAUGAUUGACAUUUAGAAGUGUAAAUUGUGCCUACAGAAAGUAUUUAUUUGUCUUUUCACAGGCUAGUUGUUGUUCCAUUACCAAUCGCCGAGAAAUCAACAGACAAAAUGCCCAAGAAGAGGAGGACGAAGACGGUGCAGUCGAGCAAAGCAUCGGCACCAUCCGGAGGCAACGAGAGCAGUAACUCCAGCAACGAAGACAAAAGGGAAAAGCUGGAGCUGUAUCUCAAGGACUUUGACAUGAGAGUGGCUAACUGCCUUCUUCAAGCAGAUAAUGAGUGCAAGGCAAUAUGUGCAGCCAUCAAUCACGCCUGUAUGAUGGAGCUAUUUAAGCUCCCUAAGAAUAUACGAGAAAUGACAAGGGCGGAGUUUAUGGCCAAGGGAGGUAGUGUCAACAAUAAUAUGUUGCAUCAAGUGACGGAGGUCGUUGACUCUAUUACGUCAUCAAUCCUACCCCCAACAUCGGCAGAGCACAAGACAGUCUCCUCAUCCCAGGGAGAGUCUUCAGCUACAGAGAGUGCUCAAUGUGCAGAGGGGACGACAGCAACGAAAAAGAAAGCAGCAGCCAAGGGAAGGAAGCGAACCACAACAGCGACCAAACGCAAAACACAAAAGAAGAGUGUUCUGGGCACAAACCAAGAUGUGAACACAGAGGGAAGUGCAGGCCCACCACAGACACUCCGAAGAUCUACAAGGAAAGCAUCAGCAAGGAAUACAUUUGUAACACCAGCUGCCAGGACCGGGAAAGCUGGGAAAGCAUUGGGUUCAGGAUGGGACACACCAGCGAUCACCCCCAAGUUUGAUCCCAGGUUGCCAGUGACGCCAGCUACGUGUGCAAUGCGUGAAGCGAAACGAGGAGAGACUAUGAUGUCAUUGUCUGGCAGUCCCCUUUCUUUACCCAGCGCUAAACCAGACGGAAAUAUCAUCAAAUUUGGUGAUGGCACAGCCUUGGAGAUUGUGGGCUCAUCUCCUAAGGUUGACAUGAGUAUCAAUGAAACGACACGUCAAAAUAUCCUUCUACUGCAAAACAAGCUGGCCAAGAUUCUGAAGACCUGCUCAACGGGUCAAGAAGACAGCGAGAUCGUAUCCCCCUGAGUGACACCAGCUUUUUAUAGCAGCAAUUUAACAGAUGUUAAAGUUUGCAUCAGGGAUAAAGAAUAUUAUUUGGUUUUAUAAAAUAUCACCCAUGUGUGUUAAGUAUGCAGUGCUUUAUACACAUUGGUGUAUGGGUAAAACAAAAUAAUGUUCUUUAUCCCGAUGCAAAUUUGACAUCUCUUAAUUUUCUUUUUACUUUGUGGUUUCCUGCUUGGUCAGAAAAGUUGUCCCCAUAAAACUAUUCAAAAGGCUAUCUGAAUUGGGUGAUGGAGUUGAAUGGAUAAAAAAGUUUGCCUCUGUCUGUACAGAACACCAAAUUUUAUAUUCUCUUUUGGAGUGUACAUGUAGUGCCUUCAAACCUUUGAUCAAGUUAGAUCUAUUUAACUGUAAAUAGCUCCUUAUGUUAGUAGUCAUAGUCAUUAGUAUACCUCCUAAUAUUUUGUGCGAUUUGGAAGGACUUGUGUUUGUUUCAAAGAUGGCUUGUUUUACAGUAGUGAUCACUCGGUUGAAUCAGUGUAAAGGGUCUAAAGUAUCUUGGCAUCAAUGUACCUUCUUCGAGAUAAUCACGAUCUUUGUUAAUGUAAAUAGUUUAGUAUUGAAUACAUUUUAAUAUUUUAAUGCUUCUGGCUGGCACCUUGAACACAAAUAAAAAGAGGGAAACUGCCAACAUGAGGUUAAGUUGGCUCAGUUUGGGAGAGCGCCUGUACUUUAAUCAAGGGAUCACAGGUUCAAAUCCUGCACUUGACAGUUUUAAUUAUACUUUGCAGGGAUGUGAGAUUGUUCAGACAUUUGGCUGAAUUCAGACUGGUGAAGAAAAUCAGACAAUAUUUUUUUUUCCACAAAUAAAAAAAUCCUACUCAUUUGU